AUGCUCAUGAAUCUUUGGAUGUUCACAAAAAAACCAGUUUCAUUUCAAGCUGUGGCUGAUUGUAAUAUUGGAACAGGAGGAGCACAUGAUCAUGAUGUUCAAUUGAUUCAUUCUUCUCUAUUUUCUACAAAUCCUUACAACACCUUUUCAGAUUUAGAUGGUUUGUUUCCUUCAGAAAUUGUGAAUAAUUAUCCCUUCAUUGGAGGUAGGGGAGAUUCAGGGCAAUUGAAUGAACAAGGAGAUCUUCUAACCAAGACUUCUGUGGGAGUGUACAAAUACCUUUCUGCUCAAGAUGAACAUGGGAUAUCCAAGAUGGAAAGAAAUGAAAUGAAAAUGUAUAAUGAAGAUGAUGUAUGGAUGUCAAAUUUUAUCAAAGAAUUUGAUUCAAUGAAUCAUUUGAAUUUCUCACCACUUCCAGAAUCCACUCAUGAAGAAUUUGAAGAGAAGACGAGAUCAGAUUCACAUGAUAUAUCAAAUAAUCUUCAGAAAACUUUAGCACCACUCAAAACACUGCCACCUUUUUAUGAAAAUUCCAGAGCUUGCCCGCCUGAUAGCAUGAUUCAUAGACCCAGAGGGACAACAGAUCCUGGAUCAUCUCCAAACCUUGUUACAUCAAAGUCUCUUGGUGAACAGAUAAAAGGAUCUUUGCCUAGAGAUCUACCAAUAUCAGCUUUGGAAAUCAAUGAUCAUUUGGUAAGGAACAGGGAUGAAAUAAGCAUUCUGAAAGUCAUUGAAACUCAAUCACCUGGUCCUGAUCACCCAGAAACCCACCCAGAAAGCCAGGAUUCCAAUAAGGAUGUUUGGGAAAAGGAGCAAGGUAAAAGGUCAAAAUUACUUUUGAGGGCUCAAGAUUCUUUGAAUGAAGAUCAACAAUCAAUCAGAGAGAAUGAUUUAACCACAAAAAAGGACUACAAUCUCAAAAGCGUGGUCAUAAACAGGAAGAGAAAGAACCCCCACACUUCAGAAGCUUCAGAUGUGGAGCUUGGAAAGCACCAAAAUUUGGAUCACUCUUGUUACCUCAAUAAUGAUGUAGACAUUUUUCCAUCAGAAGAGUCAAUUAUCAGUCUUCCAAGUAGCCCUUCCUUUCCAAAACAAGGACUUACAACACUAGGAUGCAGGAAUGGUUUGGAGGAUACUGUAAUCUCAACUGACAAUAAGGAAACAAAAGGCAAGGUUCUAGAUAUUCUGGAUGAUGUACCUAGAAGAAAAAGAACACAUAGACAACCCAACAAUAGAAGAAAGGAGACAGAAAAUCAGGCCAUAGUUCAAACAAGGAAGAUCUGUGAAGAGGUCAACCCCUGUGAAGACACAAGUAUAUACAAACAUCAGCCCAGAACAUCAUUUGAUAGCUUGAUUGAGAAACACAUCACCCCCUUUAUGACACAAUUUGAGGAUUUCCUGCAAGAAGAUAUGUAUCUGGAACAUAGAAAUCCUAGAUCCAAUACUCACCUGAUGAGAAGACUAAGGUUUAUGACCCAUGAAUUUCUCCUAUUGUUAGUGAAAUCUCAGUUGACCUAUGCAACCAAUGGAGAAGAUUUAAAUCAGACUCUAGUUGAGGGAUACCAAUGGCUAACCAAUAUUUGGAAGACCAUUCCGAUUGAUGCCCUUAUCAUGACAAAUCCACCCAAAUCAACUAGGCCUAUUAACGGAUAUACCGCACUUGGAACCAUGGAAGAGACCUUGAUCUCUAGAGUUAUGAGCACAAAUCUAUUUUCUAGAAGUCAACAGAAGUUAAAUGCAUAUGUAAUCCUCACUUGGAUGCAGAGAUUCAGACCAAAUUGGCUAGAUGUAUUUAAAAUUACACCUCAAAGUGAAUUUUGGAAAAUUCCAGAAUAUAGAUCAAACCUACCUCUAGUUCAAACAUUUAUUUCAGGUAUUGAAAAAAGGAUUUUGGAAAUAGAGUCUGACAUGGGGAUUUGA